CCAGGUCUCCAAUUUUCCACUCGGGAGUCCAACUCCACGGACAGCAGUCUUAAGUUUCCAAAUUCUAACCCAAAUAAAAAAGGGCAAGUGUAUAAUUUUUUUAGUUUUCCAGAGAGAGAUCUUAAAGUUGAAACGGAACCCUCUUUCACACGCUCUUUCUCAUAUUCACUCGAAGCAAAGUAACAGGGAAAGUAGAGGUGGGAAAUAGCCGUGAGGCUUGAGAAGAGUGAAAGAUGGCUGGUUAUAGGGCAGAGGAUGACUAUGACUACCUUUUCAAGGUGGUGUUGAUCGGUGAUUCAGGAGUAGGUAAGUCUAAUCUGCUCUCUAGAUUCACCAGGAACGAGUUUAGCCUGGAGUCCAAGUCCACUAUUGGCGUUGAGUUCGCUACUCGUAGCUUGAAUGUUGAUGGUAAGGUCAUCAAAGCUCAGAUUUGGGACACUGCUGGUCAAGAAAGGUAUCGUGCCAUUACAAGUGCCUAUUACCGAGGAGCAGUUGGUGCGCUUCUUGUGUACGAUGUUACCCGUCACUCCACAUUUGAAAAUGUCAAGAGGUGGUUAAGAGAGUUGAGGGAUCACACUGAUCCCAACAUCGUAGUCAUGCUCAUUGGAAACAAAUCAGAUCUUCGACACCUUGUGGCCAUCCCAACGGAGGAUGGGAAAUCCUUCGCGGAGAAAGAGUUCCUCUACUUCAUGGAAACUUCAGCCCUGGAAGCAACAAACGUGGAAAAUGCAUUUGCCGAAGUUCUUACGCAGAUCUACCACAUUGUCAGCAAGAAAGCGAUGGAGACAGGUGAUGAAGGGGGCGCUUCAGCUGUUCCUUCCAAGGGGGAGAAAAUCGACGUCGGCAAAGACGUGUCUGCAAUGAAGAAAGGGGGUUGCUGCUCGAGCUAAGGAUGAAGAUGUUAAAAUCUGCAGCAUAUUGUUUCAAGGGAUGCAGGCAAUGGGAUUUCUUUGUAAAUAUUUUUUCUCAAAAAUGGUACCCUAUAGUAGGAUAUGGGUGGACUGGAGAUUGAUUUAAUUUACAU